AUUCAAUGUAGGAUUGGCGCGAUUUUCAGGAUUUCCGCUCCUAAAUCUUUAGUCCGUCUUCCUCAAGAAUGGGACGCUAAAUAACUGCCCUGUCGCUUGUGGAUUUAAUAGGGUUACCCCUAAGUUUUCAGGGAUUUACACAAGAUUGAUCAAGGAAUAGUAGUCACUUUUCUCCAUGAAUUCAGAAUUUGUUGGUAUCAGGAGUGGGGAUAGCGGGUCAUCUGUUAUUAUGAAAAAUCAACUAAAUGACUCUGCACGUUGUGUGUUAAACAGUGCUCUAAAUGAGCUUGAUGACACUCCUGGUGUACCAUCUAUGAUCAAUUGCCCUCAGGAAACCAAGAGAAAAAGCGCUAAAUUAUCAUCCAAGCAUCAGAACGUUAGCAAGACAGAUGAAUUAUCUACCCAUCCUCAACCUCCAUGUUCUGUUCGGUUGAUUGAUGAAGAGGAACGCGUUCUAUUUGACGAUGCAGAUGCUUUGGCUUGGCAUUUGGGUUGUCCUGCAGAUAGAACAGUAAAACUUAUCGCUAUUGUUGGAAAUACAGGUGAUGGGAAGUCACAUACAUUAAAUCAGGCAUUUUGUGGUGGUGCAGACGUAUUCGUCACUUCACCUUCUCAAGCCACAUGUACAAUUGGAGUAUGGGCUGCCUAUCUACCUAAAGAGGGUUAUCUGCUCAUAGAUACCGAAGGUUUGCUUGGUGCUAGCCCUAAUCCUAAUCGACAGAGACGAUUAUUGUUAAAGGUGUUUGCAUUAGCUGAUGUUGUCAUCUAUCGUACUAUGUCUGAUCGUCUUCACAGUGAUAUGUUCACUUUCCUUGCGGAUGCAAGCGAUGCAUUUUCAGAACAUUUUCGCCCAGAUUUGGAAGCACUAGCUGAACGUACUGGUUUGCCAUGGACACCUGGUCAACUAGGCCCAGUUGUUGUUGUAUUUCAAGAGACGCAACAUACCCUCCCGCUUGAUGAACCUCACAGUAUAGCUUCCGUGAAUAAUAAUGCAUGCACUGAUCGUUUAGGGUCUGCGGAACCAUCUAAUGAAAGAAUGUCAACUUUAAGUUCACAGUUUUUAACGGAACGCCUCGUGGCAAUGAGACGCAACGCGAAUGCAUUUUCCUCACUUGUGUAUGUUGGAACACAAACUAAAGUACCUCCAACAAAUUUUCAGCCCCUAGCCUCUAUGGUUGCUAAAAAUAUACGUGAUAUAUCUGUCAGAGCUCCACGCAAAUUGGUGCAUAUACUUCAUAUCCUUCAAGCACUUAACACUCGUUUUUCAUCCGACCUUCCUUGUUCGUCACCAACAUUCGUUGAGGAGUAUUUCACUUGUCCAUGCAAAUGUCUUAGCUGUGGUGUUAGAUGUUGUUUGAGUGUCAACCACAUAUCAAACAAUGUUGGUCAUAAAGCCGAAUAUGUGGAUUCCAGUGGCAUUAGUGCGACACCAUGUCGUUACGAUCCAACGCUUCAGAAUAAAUUAUACUUUUGUAAGUUGUGUUAUGCCUACGGUCAACGAACAAUGAUGGUUCCCAAGAGUGGUGAAUCAAAUGCUAAUGCUUUGUCAGCUGUUGUUAAAUAUCUUUGGGCUGGUUAUGUUUUAGAAUGUCCAAGACAUGGGACCAUCUAUCGUAGUCGUGGUUACUGGUCCGGUAACGUGGAGCCAGAAAUGAAUCCCCAAGUACAUUGGGAAAUUGUACAUGUUUGGCAAGGAGAAAAGUCAAUACUUUCGGGUACUCAUCCAGUUAGUCAGUUAUUAUUAGAUGGAUUAACUGUCGUUUCUAGUCAAGUAACUCAAUUGGCUGGUCCUCCAGCACGUCGUCUCGGAGAUCUUAUUGCUGACAGUGUAGCUCCCCGAUAUUGGCAGCCUAAUUCUAGUAUUAAAGCCUGUGCUGUUUGUAAGGUUGAAUUUCAGAGUUCAUCAGAUGAUUCUGUUUGCAACCGUAAUUCACUCGUAAGAGGAAAAUCUGAUAUCGAUAAAAAACAACCAGUACUAUCUGCUGAUGAUGAUAGUUCUCAGAAAGACAAAAUGUUUACUAGCAAAGAAGAUUCCAUACGUCAUCGGUCGUCAUCAUUUUCUGAUUCGCUAAAUAAGGAAACAAAUCUUACCAAACCAAUGAAACCUUUUAUUGAUGACUUAUCAAAACAUCAUUGUCGAGCUUGUGGUAGAGGUGUUUGUUCCAAGUGUUCGACUGGCCGUUUACCUGUUCCUGACCAAGGAUAUGGAAGUGAUGGUGUACGUGUGUGUGAUCACUGCUAUGAAUCCCGAUCACAAGAUAAAGGUAUCGAUCCAAAGACCCGUUUAUCUGGAAUGAAUUAUAAUUCUCAAAUCAGUAACAACUCUUUAACUGGCCGAAAAGUGAUUGAAAUGUUGUCUGCUACAGCUGAUUACAUUGCACCAAUAUAUACUGGACCUAAAGAACUCGUCAAAUCACUUGCUCGGCCAGAUUAUUGGCAACCUGAUGAUCAAUGUGUUUCAUGUAAUGUAUGCUGCGCUCCAUUUGGUUCACGUUUAAGUAUUCAUCAUUGUCGUUCUUGCGGUCAGGGUGUUUGUGGAUUUUGUUCACGCCAUUAUCAACCUGUGCCUAAAAGAGGUCUUGAUUUCCCUUCACGAGUAUGCGAUCGCUGUUAUCAACCAAAUCAGGAAAGUCCUCAUCGUCCCACUGUAUCUGAGCGUCGAAGCUUGGAUUCACCCAGUGACAUGCAGAAUCAGCCAAUGCAACAACAGAAGCGGAACGCUCAAGUGAUUCAAUAUAACCGUUCUAAUGUAAACACUGUUAAUAAAAGGAAUUCCCAGAAUUAAUUUCGUAUUCCACAUGUUUUAUCUGUGAGGUGUAGUUUAUUAAAUGAGUUUAUUUUUUAGCACACUAAUAAUCAGAGACGCUUUUACAUAACUAGAUAGUUUCGUAUCGCAAUAAUAUUGAUGAAUUAACCUGGUAACAAGAGGGAAUAUGACCAUUUUAUAUAACGGUCUGUAAAAAUGGUCAUUAUUAUUCUAUCUUAUUCGUUACUGCUACCACAGUGAUGAUGCUAACGAACAGCUACUCAGAUUUGUAAUUUAAUUUUUAUUAUUUCGAAUAAUAUAUCAACUUUAAUUUAUUGACAAUUAUUUAUUUCAUCAUUUUCCUCUAUAAUUGCUUAUCUAUCAUUAUCUUUGUUGCUUUGUUGGUUUGUGUAUGUGUGUACUGCACACAUUAUCAUUUUCACAAUUUCAUUUUUGGUUACCAUUUUACUUUUUGAACACUUUUGUUUCAUGAUCUUUAUUUGACGGGAUAUAUACUAAAGACAAGACUUUAUUUUUUACAUGAUUCUGGCUAUUUUUCCAUGAUAUACAUUUCUUUGUUUGUAAACCUAUGAAUGUUGAAUACUGAAUAGAAAGUUGAAGAUUUAUGCUGUCCAGUGAUAUAUAUAUAUAUAUUCUGAUUUGAAUUAUUUACGUUUAAAUGGGUGAAAAUAGUUAGAUUGUUCAUAAGAGUUGGUUGAAUCGGAAUAUUUCACUUACCUUGUUAUUUAUUACUUUUAUUUUUAUUACAAUGUUACUAUAAAACUAACUAUACACUUACUGAACAUAUUGUUUUCAUAAUGCAUAAUGCCCUUUAAUCAUUAAGUUACUUCUUCAUUUUUCUGUCAUGAUUAUUAUUAUUAUUGUUAUUAUCAUUAUCGCUGUCACUACUAUCAUAGUCAUCUCCAUAAAAAAAAUUUACAGUUACUUAUUUUUUUAACUAAAUAUUGUUUUCUUUUUACCAAGAUAUUUAUUGUGUUAUACUUUGUUAUUUAUUGUUUACAUGUUUCAAUUCUCACUAUUCAAUAUAUAUGGUAAGUUUUUGCUGUCAAUAUAUUUUUUUUUCUACAUAUAGACAUACAAAAUGAAGUGAACUUGUCUGCUUGUAUGUUAUUUACAUGGGGUAGUGUUUGAAGGUGAACACUUGGAAAUAUUGAAUUUGUGGUUAGGUCACUCAAUUCAUGGCUUUUAUUUUCUUUGAUUUGGCGUUGAUACAUAUUAUUGUUAUUCUUCUCAUAGUGUAGCUCAAGGCUGGGCAUAUGGACAUGUACCCGGUGAUUAAGUCAGAGAUCACCCUCUAUUUGUAUCUAAAUUCUUGUAGUGGCGCUGUAUAAUUGUUUCAUUUUGUUUGAAGCAAUCAAUUGUUGACAUUCAUAUUUAUCUUGAGCAUUGUACUUUUCAAACGUCCAGUAUUGCGAUAUUAGAAUCAGUAUAUCUAGAUUGAAUGAUUGGUACUUUGAAAUUUAAUCUAGUAGUAGUUUGUAGCAGUGCAAUUUGUGUCUUUGAACUUGGCGUUUUUCUAAUGGUACAUUGAUCCAGGU